AUGGUUCACAUGGAGCUCGACGGGGUGGAGCCAUGGAAUCAGAAGUCGAUGGACUUUGUAAGGUCUCAUUUGGUUUGCGGUGAAGUUAGGCACGUCCGCCAUUAUCCCGAAACCUCGCCAGAGGAGGACACCAUCGGCGUCCUCUGGCGCGGGCCCCCUUUUCCCGCCCAAAGCAGCCAUGAGUGGCUGGAAGAGCGUGGAGUCGGGGGCAGUUGCCCAAGGAGUACCUUUGUCGACGGCAAGUAUUACACAAACGAUUCGGCCACUUUCCAAAAGCCUGAUGAACCACAUUAUUCUGGACCUUAUCGAUUGAGACCAUGUGUUGGUGAAACGCCAAUGAUGCUUCGACCGUAUUUUAUCGAUAUUCUUGUCAAAUGCGGCGACCGUCUAUCCGGAAAUAUAACAUUAAUGGCCCAACCGCCGCUUGCUGUCUUCAUCGGUGUUCAACUUUGGAGCCUUGCAGAAGAAGCAAGGGUUUACCUGCAAGAUUUUACCCCUGAAGCAUUCAAGAAGAUGCAGGACAACCUGGACAUCCUGCCGCGGCUGAUCGCAAACUAUUCCUUGACGGAUUUGAUGGCAGUCGACUUUCUCAAACAAACUGCCGAUUGA